UGUUUCUGCGGCCACUUGUCGACUGUUUAACUUGCUCUUUCUGCCUACUUCGUGAUGACGCGUUAAACCUUUGGAUUUGGGCAGUCAUCCCUGUACUGCUUGGUCAUCUCAUUACAUUGAUUAGUAGAAUAUAUCUAAGAGUAUUAGUAUAAUUAGUACCACCAUAUAGCGAGAAGUGUCCAACCACAAAAUAGACCGAAAGAGCUAACGGAUCACUGCAUGAUCUGAUAACUGACAUAGUUUGGAUUACAAUAUUCCCACAGAGCAAACUUUCUCGUACACAUAGUUUUGCCUGCGGAGGGAGAAAGAACAAGUUUGCCGAUUUUAUGAUCAUCCAUGCAUACACUGAAGUGUGGGAUUGCAUAUCAGAUUUCAUUCCAAGUUCAAACGAAUUGUGGCAGCGAAGUGUCGUGGUGUUGGUAUUAUUCUUGUAGGGAAAUGUAAUUUGGGAGAAAGUCGCGAAAGUCGGGUCGACGUGAUCUCACACUUCCUGUCCCUGUUACCUAUUUCCUCUUCUUUCUUUUGUCGUGUUUUUAUGUUUGACUUUGUUGUUCGAGUGUUGGUCACAUUGAAUUGAUAUACAUAAACUCGUUUACAAAUGUGUAGUGUGCUAGGAAGACGAGAAAGAAAGGAAGAGAGUAGUAUUACAUUCCAAAGUGGGUAUUUCUCGUUUUCUAUGCGCAAAUCUAGUGUAAAAUUGUAAAAGGCUAAUAAAGCACGCGUCUAAACUUAUUCAUGGAUAAGUCGACAUUUUUUGGUUCCACGUGGAGGUGAAACGGAUCAACAUUUUUUUCAAUCAGAUUCAUCCAAAUCCGAUUUAUCCAAAACAUUUCAGAGCUGAUCCAUCCAAAUCCAGUUGGACCGGAUCGAGAGGUGUAGAUUGUUUAAAAAACGGAUAUUCUACGCACUUCUAGUUCCAUGAAUAAAAAUAAAUUUGAAGGAAUAAUGGCGAACGAACUUACUCCGAUGCUUCUUCAUUUAAAAGCAUUCACGGAUGUUGGUUAUUACACGUUUAUCAUCCCAACAAAAAUUGUGAUCACGAGUGAAAGUGAGAUUUUGAGGAAUAAAGUCUUCUCCAGCUAUUCUAAUUUUUAUAGAAAGUUAUUCUGUGGCCUCAUUUACACCAUUAUAUUCUGCCACCACUGCUUCUUCCCUUCCGACAUCCACAUGGCCGUAUCCCACGGACCACUCGCUAUGGUGGAAUUGUACCGAAGAGUUCUCGCUGCUAUUGUAUUUAUCAUUGCGACCACCAUAUUUUGGAGAAUGGAGGAUCGAUUUCUUCAAAUUUUUCGAAUUAUUCAAGGAUCUGCAUGCAUUCUGGGGACCAAUUCGUGGUGGCAGUCGGCUCGAUUUAUCGGAACAAUCAUCACUCUAAGUUACAUGUGGUUCUUUUUCAUCGUCACCCCACUCGACCUCCUCCUCGACGUGGGCGUGGGUGGCGAAGGUCUCCACUUGAAUGUGACCACGGCACUAAAUCGCCUCUACUCGAGAUCGCAACGGAUGCUGUUCAGACGUCCGGAAGACGUCCCCAGUGUCACGAUCGAUACAAUCAACUUUGAUCAAUCUGUCCAAUCCGGGCUCUAUUUUGUCCUCUACUUUUUCACCACAUGGAUUCAAACGACGCUGGAAGCAUUAGUUUUACACAUUUUGUUUCUUUGUUGUCAUUAUGUUGCUCGGUUUGAGAAAUGGUACAAAAAAUUAGGAAAGGAAGGCGAGUCGGAUCAAGAGCUUGUGAAUUUGAUACUAAACCAAUACGACCAAGUGACCAAGCUCAUGGGAACCGUGAACGCAUUGGUGGGACCGGGGCUGGUCAUCGUGAUGGUUCUCUAUCUCCCAUUCUACGCAGUUUAUGCAGGUCUGUUAACAGUCAGGAAGAACUUUACGACGAGGACGCUUAUAGUAGCGGUCCUAAGGUAUGGCAUUUACCUAAUACAAAUGGUAAUGGGGGCUGAAAUUCAUAGAAAUGGGAAUGAGUUCAUUUCUUGGAUAUCUGCAAGAUUUUUGGAAAACAUAAGCCCAAACAGAUUGAUUACUUUUACCAUGGAUUUGCACACACAUCCAAUCGCAAUGAAGGGAAGUGGAUGCUUCACUCUUACUUAUAAGUUUAUGUCAUCGAUUGUAGGUGUCCUGAUCACUUACGCAAUUUUAGUGGCACAAUUUCAGGAUGGAAGAUACAGAUAUUCGGAACAAGAAGUUGAUACAACAAAUAGCACUUUUGGAGGCUGAUAAAUAAUGUCGCAUUUAAAACUACUACUGAAUUCUCAAAAUAUGAACUCUGAAAAUCUCGACGAUCUCGCAAAUUCACAAAUACUCAUGUUCGCUCAAAACAAAAAGUAUGGGUUUUUUAUUGCACACAAUUAAUAUUUAAUUACUCCUUUAAUUUCGUGCAUUUGAAAUAAAACUGAGACUUUAUCCAAAUAUUGCUU